CCAAUUCAAACCUCAAUUCCAAUCCCUCGUGGAAAAGCACAACCAGGAACAAUGGAGUCAGUGCACAAAAUCCUCGCAUCAGCGCGUGCAGCACCCUACGGAAAUCUCCUCCCAGCCGGGGACGACCUAUUCCUCUCCGUCGCCGAAGCAGUACAAGACCACAUGAGCAACUACGAUGCAUCGCAUGACUUUAACCAUAUCCUUCGGGUUCUGGCACUAUCCCAGCGCAUUCUAUCCGCAGAAUACAACACUACGAAGACUUAUGACCCUACCGUGGUCCUCCUCAGCGCCCUUCUCCACGACGUGAAUGACAAGAAAUACGCCCCACCAGUCAUCGAGGGUCAGCAGCAGACCUCCAAAGUGACUCUGGUGUUGCAGCAAGCCGGAGCCUCAGCAGCCCUAGCAGCUAGGGUCGAAGAGGUGGUCAAUCACGUUUCGUACUCAUCUGAGAUCAAGGACCCAAAGAAGGUGCUGUCUGUUAUACAGCAACAUCCUGAACUUGCUAUCGUGCAGGAUGCGGAUCGUAUUGAUGCCAUUGGAGCCAUUGGGAUUGGUAGGACGUUUACCUUUACGGGCGCUAAGUUGGCGGGUGCUAGUAUGCAAAAUUCGAGAGAGCAUAUUGAUGAUAAGUUGGAGAAGUUGGAGGGGAUGAUGAAGACUGGCUCUGGGAGGCAGAUGGCUAGGGAUCGUACGGAGAGGUUGACCAUUUUUAAGAAGUGGUGGGAUGAGGAGACGAUGAUGGUGGGUAUUUAG